CCCUUACUAACAAUGAAUAGCAUCAAAGCCGUGAUUGUGUGUUGCCUCCUGGUAGCCGUUUCCGCCGGUGUCGACCGAAGUAGAGGUGGACAAGGAUCAAACAGAUUCCUUCCUGGAGGCUUCGGUGGCGUCCACGGGGGAGGUCUCUUCGGCGGCGGUAUUCAUGGUGGCGGAUUCCAUGGCGGUAGUGCUAUUAUCGGGGGUGGAAUAUCCAAUGGCCCAAGUGAAUGUAGAUACUGGUGCAAGACUCCGGAGGGUCAAGCCUAUUGCUGCGAGACGGUGCACGAACCAGAGACACCUGUUGGUACCAAGCCGCUCGAUUGCCCACAAGUCCGUCCAACAUGCCCACGUUUCCACGGUCCUCCCACUACCUGUUCCAACGACUACAAGUGUGCUGGCAUCGAUAAGUGUUGCUUCGACAGGUGUUUAGGGGAGCACGUGUGCAAACCACCCUCAUUUUUCAAUAACCACCUUCCCUUUUAAAGGUGGUUGUUUUAAAGAAUGACAAUUUUCCUAUUCGAAUCUGUAAUUUAUGAAUAUAUAUAUUAGAUAAUAAAUUAUGAAUGUCUA